AAAAACCCUAAUUGGCGUUUCUCCCAUUCUCCCUCUGUGAGUUUACAGGACCCAUCCCCACCUGACAUUUCCUUUCUCUUGCCGGCGCUCGUCUCUACAGCCACUGGUUAUCUUCUCUAAUUCAAAAUUCGCAAAGGAUUUUCAGAGUUUUUGUAGAUUCGUGCUCUGUAAUUGAAUUUGCGAGAGAGAAUGGCUUCUCGUUUCUGGUCCCAGGGUGGUGGUAGUGGUAGUGAUUCUGAAGCGGAGAAGAGUGACUAUGAUGAAGAGAUUGACGACCUACAAGCUGAUCCUAGCUCCCAAGCGAAUAGAAGCAGAUAUCUGCAAGGGAAUGCCAGUGACAGUGACGAUUCUGAUAAAGAUAGACGUACUGUCAGGUCGGCUAAAGAUAAGCGUUUUGAGGAGAUGUCUGCUACUGUGGAUCAGAUGAAAAAUGCAAUGAAGAUCAAUGACUGGGUAAGCUUGCAGGAGAGUUUUGAUAAAAUAAAUAAGCAGCUUGAGAAGGUCAUGCGUGUUAUGGAGUCCGAGAAGGUCCCAACUCUUUAUAUUAAAGCACUUGUGAUGUUGGAGGACUUCCUAAAUCAAGCCAUGGCUAAUAAGGAAGCUAAGAAGAAAAUGAGCACUAGCAAUGCUAAGGCCUUGAAUUCAAUGAAACAGAAGCUAAAGAAGAACAAUAAGCAAUAUGAAGAGUUAAUUACUAAGUGUAGGGAGAAUCCUGAGGUUGAGGAAGAAAAGGAUGAUGAGAUGGAAACGGAGGAUGAUGAUGAUGAUGAUGAUGAUUCUGUAAUUGAGGGGGACCCUACUAAAAUUUUGUCAGGAUCAGAAGAUGAAGAGGACGACGAAGAAGACCAAGAGGAGCCCGAUGGCCCUUGGGUGAAACAGUUGAGCAAACGGGAUAAGCUCAUUGAUAAGCAGUUUAUGAAGGAUCCGAGAGAGAUCACAUGGGACACUGUGAACAAGAAAUUUAAGGAGGUUGUGGCUGCCCGGGGUAGGAAGGGAACUGGAAGAUUUGAGCAGGUUGAGCAGCUUACGUUCUUAACAAGAGUUGCCAAGACCCCUGCACAGAAGCUUGAGAUUUUGUUCAGUGUUAUAUCUGCUCAAUUUGAUGUUAAUCCAGGUCUCAGUGGGCACAUGCCUAUCAAUGUGUGGAAGAAGUGUGUGCAAAAUAUGCUUUCUAUUAUUGACAUUCUUAUGCAGAAUUCUAACAUUGUGGUGGAUGAUAUGGUUGAACCUGAUGAGAACGAGAGCCAGAAGCCAGCAGACUAUGAGGGCACAAUUCGUGUUUGGGGAAACUUGGUUGCUUUUGUUGAGAGGAUUGACACUGAGUUUUUUAAGAGCUUGCAGUGUAUUGAUCCACAUACACGUGAGUAUGUUGAAAGACUCAGAGAUGAGCCAAUGUUUAUGGUUCUUGCUCAGAAUGUCCAAGAAUAUUUGGAACGAACUGGGGAUUACAAAGCAGCUUCAAAAGUUGCCUUGAGACGUGUCGAACUGAUCUAUUACAAACCACAAGAGGUUUAUGAUGCCAUGAGAAAGCUCGCAGAGCUGUCCGAAGAUGGAGCUAGUGGAGAUGCUAGUGAGGAGGCUAAAGUUGCAGAAGAGAUUAGGGGCCCUGCUGCAUUUAUUGUCACGCCGGAGGUUGUACCUCGUGUACCCACCUUUCCAGAGAGUAGUAGAUCUUUUAUGGACAUUCUGGUGACCCUUAUAUACCAAUAUGGAGACGAGCGCACUAAAGCACGAGCUAUGCUCUGUGAUAUUUACCACCAUGCGCUCUUUGAUGAAUUUUAUAUUUCUAGUGACUUGUUACUGAUGAGUCACUUACAGGAUAGUAUUCAACACUUGGACAUUUCAACACAGAUCCUUUUCAAUAGGGCAAUGGCUCAACUUGGUCUAUGUGGAUUUCGGGUUGGCCUGAUUAGUGAAGCACAUGCCUGCCUUUCAGAAUUAUAUUCUGGUGGGAGGGUGAGGGAAUUGCUUGCACAAGGUGUCUCACAAAGCCGAUAUUAUGAAAAGACUCCAGAGCAGGAAAGGCUUGAAAGGAGGAGGCAGAUGCCAUACCACAUGCACAUAAAUCUUGAGCUCCUGGAGGCUGUGCAUUUAAUAUGUGCUAUGCUGCUGGAAGUUCCCAACCUGGCAGGCAGUGUUCAUGAUGCAAAGCGCAAGGUUAUUAGCAAGAACUUUAGAAGGUUACUGGAGGUGAGUGAGAGACAAACGUUCACUGGUCCUCCCGAGAAUGUCAGAGAUCAUGUAAUGGCUGCUACCAGAGCACUUCGCAAGGGCGAUUUCCAGAAAGCUUUUGAUGUCAUUGCAUCUUUAGCUGUAUGGAAGCUACUUAGAAAUUGUGAUGAUGUGCUGGAAAUGGUUAAAGUAAAGAUCAAGGUGGAAGCUCUGAGGACGUACCUUCAAACGUACUCUUCCUCAUAUGAUUCUCUGAGUUUGGACCAGCUGACUCGAAUGUUCGACAUCGCAGAGGGUCAAACACACAGUAUUGUUAGCAAGAUGAUGAUAAAUGAGGAGCUCCAUGCAAGUUGGGACCAGCCAAGUGGAUGUGUCAUCUUUCAUGAUGUUGCGCUCACCCGGUUACAGGGCUUGGCGUUCCAGUUGGCAAAUAAGCUGUCUAUCCUUGCUGAAACUAAUGAGAGGGCAGUGGAGGCAAGAAUAGGAGGAGUAGAUUUACCGAUGAGGCGAAGAGACAACCAAGAGUAUGCUGCCGGAGCUGUAGGUGGUGGUAGCAGGUGGCCAGACAAUCAAGGAAGGCAAGGUGGCGGUAGUUCGCGUGCAGGGUAUAGCAAUGGAGGGCGUGGCGAAGGUGGGGGUGGCGGAUAUGGUAGAGACCGGACGGGUCAGUCACGAGGAGGCAAUGCAGGAGGAUAUCAAAGCACCCGUUAUCAAGACGCUGCAUAUAGAUUGGGGAGGAGUGCUUAUCAGUCUGGUUCUGUCCGAGGAUCCCAGAUGGGUGCUUCAGCUCGCAUGGUCAGUCUCAACAAAGGGGUUAUUGCUUAAAGAAAAACUACCGCUGUACGUGGGGACACUUCCUUGGAGAACUUCACCAAUUUCGCUUUAGGCUAUUUUUGAACUGAGAUAUCGGAAGGAGUUUUGUAUCCCUUUCUUUGACCUUUUUGAUAUAGAGCACCCACAGUUUGCAUUGUUUCAAUAAUACGUAUAACGCUA